AUGGGCUGCGACGGCCGCGUGUCGGGGCUGCUGCGGCGCAACCUGCAGCCCACGCUCACCUACUGGAGCGCCUUCUUCAGCUUCGGCCUGUGCCUCGCCUUCCUGGGGCCCACGCUGCUGGACCUGCGCUGCCAGACGCACAGCUCGCUGCCCCAGAUCUCCUGGGUCUUCUUCUCCCAGCAGCUCUGCCUCCUGCUGGGCAGCGCCCUCGGAGGCGUCUUCAAGAGGACCCUGGCCCAGUCCUUGUGGGCUCUCUUCACCUCCACUCUGGUCAUCUCGCUGGUGUUUGCCGUCAUCCCCCUCUGCCGUGAUGUCAAGGUGCUGGCCUUGGUCAUGGCGCUGGCUGGCCUCGCCAUGGGCUGCAUUGACACCGUGGCCAACAUGCAGCUGGUGCGGAUGUACCAGAAAGACUCGGCCGUCUUCCUCCAGGUGCUGCAUUUCUUCGUGGGCUUUGGCGCUCUGCUGAGCCCCCUCAUCGCCGACCCCUUCCUGUCUGAAGCCAGCUGCCUGCCCGCCAACGGCACUGUCAAUGCCACCUCCAGAAGCCACCUGUUCCACGCCGCCAGGGUCCUGGGCCAGCACCACGCUGGGGUCCAGCCGCGGCCCAACCAUACACUCCCAGGGCAGCCCCUGAAGGAUGGGGCCGGCACCCGCGUGUCCUACGCCUUCUGGAUCAUGGCCCUCAUCAAUCUGCCAGUGCCCAUGGCUGUGCUGUUCCUGCUGUCCAAGGAGCGGCUGCUGACCUGCUGCCCCCAGAGGACGCCGCUGCUGCUGAGUGCAGACGAGCUGGCCCUGGAGACACAGCCCCCCGAGAAGGAAGACGCCUCCUCCCUGCCCCGCAAGAACCAGCCACACCCAGGGCACGAGGGCCUGUUCAGCUGCUGCCAGCGUAAGAAUUGCAGAGGAGCCCCGUACUCCUUCUUCGCCAUCCACGUCACGGCCGCCCUGGUCCUGUUCAUGACGGAUGGGAUGACGGGGGAGUAUUCUGCCUUUGUGUACAGCUAUGCUGUGGAGAAGCCGCUGUCCGUGGGACACAAGGUGGCCGGCUAUCUCCCCAGUCUCUUCUGGGGUUUCAUUACCUUGGGCCGGCUCAUCUCCAUCCCGGUCUCCUCGAGAGUGAAGCCCGCCACCAUGGUGUUCAUCAAUGUGGUCGGCGUGUUGGUGACAUUCCUGUUCCUGCUGAUCUGCUCCUACGACGUCCUCUUCCUGUUCCUGGGGACGGCAAGCCUGGGCCUGUUCCUCAGUAGCACCUUCCCCAGCAUGCUGGCCUACACCGAGGACAUCCUCCAGUACACGGGCUGUGCCACCACCGUGCUGGUGACGGGGGCAGGAAUCGGCGAGAUGGCCCUGCAGAUGCUGGUGGGAUCGAUAUUCCAGGCCCAGGGCAGCUACAGCUUCCUGGUGUGCGGCGUGAUCUUUGGUUGCCUGGCGUUCACCUUCUACAUCUUGCUGCUGUUUUUCCACAGGAUGCACCCUGCGCUCUCAUCAGAUGAGACCCGAGACAAACCCCUGGACAUGGAGAGCGCGGAGUGUUACCAGAGGUAAACCACGGCGUGGGGGUGAUGAGGAGGCCCCCGCCCCGGGCGCCCGCCACCCCCAGACGAUUGGAGAGCUGAGGGUUGCAGCAGAGGCGACCUUUUGAUGCCUUUGUUCCUAUCUCCAGAAGAAAUUCUGCUGAGGCCUGGCACCUGGGUCCUCCCCAGGGGAAUCGUUAGACACUGGCCUGGCUUUUCACGUUCCCUGCCCCCCGCCUGGUUCAGACCCUGCCAAGAACUGUGCAGGAGCCUCCCAGGAAGGCAGGAGGCAGCCUGUGCUUCCCUUCAUUUUCCACCUCCUGCAUGGACCGUGCCCUCGGUUGGCUCACUCUCGGUGGAGUGGAAGCGCUUUGGGAGCAGGGCUCUCUGUCGGUGUUUUCAAGGACUCGAGACCAACCCCGGAGGGCUCCCUGGCAUGCACAAAGCAUCGUGUGCUGCUUACCUGGGAACAGCCGAGUCUCUCAUUCCUGCAGCGACACCACUAGUUCUCCUGUACCCCGAGACAGGCCUGGAAGCCUGAGUCUUCCUCUUUGGGGCACAGACGCAGUGGUAUGCUGGGCUGCCUCACACCAGCCCUGAGAAGAUGCCUGGUAAAUUUGAGGGCUGGCUAAAUGCAGCCAUUAUUAGAAUUACAUGGGCUUUCUAUUAAAAGCAAAGGUAAUAAAUACUCAGAACUCAGUCCGUCACCGUGUCAGGGAGGCUGCCAAGGUGAUGGGUAUCCAGGGUAUCAGGAGGGGGAUAGGGUUACUGUGUCACGCAAGCUUCUGGGCUGCUUGUCCCCCUUCUGCUCUCAGUGACAGCACGUCCUUGUCUUGAGAUCAGCCAUGGUGAGAGCAUUUACACCGCACAAACUGGCAAGAGCUAAAACCAUGGCCUUGUUAGACACUCUCCGGCCUGCCACCGCUAAUGGGCAAUGUUCAUGGGUCCACAGUCUCUGGGCAUAAUGAGAUGCAUGUUUUUCCUUUACUGAAUUGACAAGCAUAUAAAAGGACUAAGAAACAGCACAAAGAAAUUCCCCAAAACGCGUAAGUUUAAUUCUACGUCUUUUGUACAGAAAAGCUUACUCCACACCAAGGUCUUCCCUUUAACAAAAAGCAGAGGCUGCCGAGCUACUCCCGCCGUGCAGUUUGAGGGUCCUAUGGUGACACAAGGUGGGACUCGGACCUGCCGGCUCGGGCGGGACUCGGGAGGCUGUGAGAGCCGCAAUCUCCUGGCUGCUCAGGCAGACACAGAUGCACACGCAGGAGCAUCCAGGUGAGGUGGAUCAGGCUUCUUGGUAACUUGGCCCAAGUGCCGUGGGCCACAUGCCUGGGCCUGUAGGUGAACCAUCCAGUUAGCUGACUCUGACCGCCGGCGUCCUAACUGCGUGACGAGGAGCUGGUUGGAGACCUGGUCCAAGCCUUGGCCUUGCCUUCUGGCUUGUGUGGCCCUGGGCGCACUUCUGAGGCUCUUCCCCUGGCUUUUUUCACCAAUUCAGUGGCAUUUCUAGAAGUACUUACUUGCCCUACCUCAAAGGAAUUUUCAAAGAAUAAAUGAAUUUGUAUAAAGCAAUUACUAUAAGCCUGACACAGAGAUUGCUUAGUAAAUAUUAGCAAUUUCUAUUUUUAAAACUUCCUUCUAAGCAGUUUGGAAACUGUUCAUAUGCUUGGUACCUAUUUAUUGUAAGUUCAACAGACCCAGCUUCUUUGGAAAGCUGGCGGUCCAGGGGUGUAGUUUCAACUCUGUAAAUACUUCAAAGUUAGCGGCCAGCCAAAUUUGAAUGUGCAGUCUAACUAUGGAGAUGAGGGAUGGGGGAAAAGAGAAAGCAGUUGUAUUUUUUCUUGUGGUUUUUCAGGAAAAGAUCUUUUUAUACAGAUUUAGAAAGAAUCAAUGGUUAUAACUAAGAUGAUUGUGAUUAAUUUGUUACUGCAGAAAAUAAGAUUAAAACAAAUCUAAGCCUAUCUUUCCUAAAAUAAAAAUAUUUUAAACUUAAUAAAUGUGUUCUCCAUCGUGAAGGACCACUGAUUAUACUUUAGAAGCUCAGAACCAAGGGCUGUCCUGCAGGUUCAAGUGGCUGCUGUUCCAGACAAAACAAACUCAGGCAGGAGUGCCGGGAGCCACUGUGGCUUCUUAGAAUCAGCAAGAGAACCAAGCACAGCUUCUUAGUCCACACUUCAAAACCAGCUCCAGGCAAGCAGGGCUGUUAUCCACACUUCCUUUGGAGUCUGGCAUCCAGGGGCCUGGAGUUAACCGGUUCCCAGGUUUCCCUCUGCAGCCUGGAUGUGGGACUCACCCCCCGGCAUACCCACCCCAGGGUUAGGGAAGUGCCUCUUCUGAGGACCUGCCACUCUGUUCUGCUCCCCUCCUCCAGAAACAGUUGUCCCUGAUGUGACUCGGUCACCUACUAAUGCCACGUCCCAGCCCAGUUCCGAAAAGGCCUCGUUUUGUUUGCUAAAUGAAUUAAAGCCUCCGGUUUCUUAUCUCAAAAACUGUACAAACAGUGCCUGGGACAGAAACAAGCUGAGGUUGCUCCUUCUCAAGGGCUACAAUAAAGCAUCUGGUGACAUUUUUAAAACCCCUUUUAAGAUGUUAAUUUUUAAAAAUAAAAGAC